GCAACAUUGGGGGCAAAUGCAAAUCGACGUGACACAAAAGCAGCUUUGAUAUUGCCAAUGUACCAAUGAUACGAUGGAGGGGUUUUUCGUUCAAUUUUUUGAAGUGCACUUCAAAGAUCGGAUCUCGUGAAACUGCAGUGAAAUGAAUGAAUCCGUGCCGCUGCUUAGAGAUCCCCUACAGCGAACCGCAGAAGAGCGCUGCCCCAGGUCUUUAGCUGGGUUCGGCGACUCGCCGGCACAGACUGAUGGCUAUGGAACAGGAUCCAGGCCUUCACCAAAGGAACCUUCCAGCUAUUGUGAACCUUCCUGGUGGGUCAUGUGCACACUGGCCAUUGCUGUAGCGCUGCUCCUACUUUGGCUUGCGCUGCGCCAAGGUCGAGCUCCCAUCAAGGAGGUUAACAUGCACCUCUCGCUCCUGAGCCAAGCCUUCCUGCACAGAGUGUCUUAAGCUUUGCGAGGAGUACACGGCUUCUUGAAGAGAGUGGUGCUGGCUUCAGUUUGUAGAUCAAUCUCAACUGUGAACUGGCUUUUGCAGGGGCCGGGUAGGUACAGUAGGCCAGAAGACUGCCCAUGACUGGGAAUUGUGCAAGGUGCCUUACAAGACCAGAGAAGAGGUCCCAAUUCGAUCAUCUGCAAAAGACAGCUGCCAUACAGGGCAGGCAAUGUGUUGAAGGAAGGCACUGGGGCACCUGGUGGCGUGGCAAUGGGUUCCUCUUGGU